GGACCAAACAAAAUCCACGAGCACACAGCCACACCUCGCUCACCACCGUUCAGACUACGGAGCGAAGAGGGCUCCCGGAAUCUCGGCGGCGGCGGCGGCGGCGGAGGCGGCAUUGGUCCCUGGCGCCUCCGGCAUACGCAGCCUAUCAGGAACAGACCGGCUCCCAAGUUCGUCGGCGGCGGCGUCGUCGUCGGCAGCGGCGGCGGCGGCAGUCGCUGGAACAUCGAGCUAGGUGACGGGGCUGUAUCGGGACCGGUGAGGACGACGGCAGCUAGGCCACCGACUUUCGGCAAUUCUCAGACAUGGCAUCAUCCACUGAUACAGAUAUGCUGGAAGAGCAUGUGCCCGUCAAGACAACUACUGUUCAAGUGAAAUGGUGUGGCAAUGAUUAUGAUGUGGUGGUACAAUCUGAUGCCGAUGUUGGAGAGCUAAAGCGACGUGUCGAACACGAUACGGAACUUCCUUUCAAGAGGCAAAGACAUAUAAACACUCAGACAAAUGAUGAAUUGGCUGAUAAUUAUCGUGUUUCUCUGUUGGACAGUCCACCCACGACGUUUCUCAUUGGGUUGAACAAACCGGACCUUCCACUCUACUCGCGGUAUUUUUCUUAUGACAACACAAACCGCAGCUGCUCUGUCAAGGCCAUUAAGCUAGGGAAGAAAAAAGACUUCGUUUCUGAUUUUCAUGAGGUGCCUACUGCCUUCUUCAGAGGAACCUACACUGUAGGGAGUUUCACCACUGAUUGCCUCUUGAAGUGGUAUGAUGCUAAAGACAAACACAAAGUUCUUUCUUCGCUCCGACUGAUGAGCACCUGGAGGCACCCAAAUGUGGUGGUGUUGCAGAAUAUCUACAAGUUGCACCCAGAUUAUCGUCUUAUAAUAUCCACCAGCUCUUUUGAUGGUACCUUAAAUGGAUGGCUCAAGCAUGGUGAAAAGAACAAGAUUGAAGAGAACAGGAUUUUAAAUAUGGAUGGAAAAUUCACCCCUGUUUUCAGCAGAAUCACACUAGAUCUACUUGAUAUCUUGGACAAGAUGAUUAGACGUAAGAUGUGUCCGAAAGACCUUACAGUUGACAACCUAUAUCUGAAGACUGUGAAUGGUCAACCUCAACUUAAAGUAUUCUUCGAUGAUGUUGAGGAUCUCAGGGAUAAGACUCAAAAGUAUAUGGAAAAACUAUAUGUGAAACUAUGUGCGGAGAUAAAGAAAAUUAUGACAGCCGACGUUUUGAUACAAAUGCACACAGGGACCAGGGCGUACUGUGAUUUCAUUGAGAAACAUGGUCCUGACUUCAUUGGCAAAAAUUUGGCAAAAGUUGCCAAGUUUUAUCCCAUUGAGUGGGAUGAUGAAGACAAGAGCAAGUAUCUCAUUGACAUAUUCUCAUCAACUCGAGAUUGUAGUGCGGCUCUUAAUGCUUGUGGAAUAAGAUGGCCAAGAAAUGAGUCUGAAGAUGACAUGUGUCAGGAGCUGAAAACACUAAAAGAAAUGAUGGAAAGAGCGAACAUAGAUAACAACAAAAGGAAGGCGGCGCUGAAACUUCAAGGAGCCGAGGGUAGAGCUGCGGCCAACAAGAUCAGGGAAUACAUAUGGAACUGUGAUAUUGACUAUCCAAAUGAUCUUGUCAGGCUCGUGAGGAACCUAUGGAAGCAUUUCUCCACGUACCCUCACUACAUUAAGACGCACCUUGGGGGUAGCCAAAGUGCUGUUUUGCGCAAGUUCGAGCAGUGGUGCCCUGAUGCCUGGACGUUGAUCUACAACACCGUGGGCCAACCAUGAAGCAAGGAGACUGGUGGUGGUGGAGGCAGCCAAGGAGAUUGCAAGCAAGGAGGCUGAAGCAACGUUUUUGGGAAUUCAGUAGCAUGCAUGGAAGUGACGAGAGCAAUGGGUAUUUUUUGACGGUGCAAAACACUGGUUGGUAAACUGCGCGUAAGAAACCAAACGAAAGAUUUGGCGGUGCAAAACACCUGAUCUUUUUUGUAAGAUGAAAAACUGCGCUGGAAGUGUAAUUUUUUGGAUAGGAGCGCUGGAAGUGUGCGUGCGUAUGAGACCAAAAUAGAAGAUUUGGCUGAAUACCGCGCCAGCCCAGCUGGAAGUGUUUGAGACCAAACGGAUGAUUUGGCAGCCGGAUUCUGUAAACAAAUGCUACGAGUAGGAACCAAAAACAUGGAUUUGGUCU